AUGAUGGAAGCAUCGAAAUAUAAGAAGGGUGGUGGCGGCCCGCGUGGCCAGCCACUCUUAUCAUUACCACCCCGUCGCCGUGAAUCCCAACACCUCUUGUGUCUUAAGCGGAUUUUUUCCACGAUAUUGACCAUGGAUUUCAUGGUCUAUUUCCUGGCAAUUUGCUUCCACCUCCUGCCGGCGUUUACUGCUUCCAUUCGUUAUAGAAGUAAUGAUCCCGUGGUUGGUGUAAAGAACGGCUCCUAUACGGGCGUUCAUGAUGCCGAAUUCAACCAGGACUUCUUCCUCGGGAUUCCUUAUGCCAAGACUCCUGAGCGUUUCCGCGUCGCCGAAGGCUUAGACUCAACCUGGAAUGGCACCCGCCCUGCUACGACGUAUCCCAAGCACUGUGUUGGCUACGGCGAGGACACGAUUGGUUAUGAGACAUCCGAGGACUGUUUGUAUCUUAACGUUGUUCGCCCAGCCGGCGUAUCUUCUGAUGCGCAAUUGCCCGUAGCCGUCUGGAUCCAUGGAGGUGGUCUGUAUAUGGGAGGCUCCGCCGACAAACGGUACAACCUCUCCUUUGUCGUGCAGAACAGCGUCGAGCAAGGUACACCUGUUAUUGGAGUCAGUCUCAACUACCGUUUAUCUAUUUUCGGCUUUCCCGGCGGCAGGGAGGCCUUCGAGGCCAGCGCCACCAACCUUGGCUUCCGAGACCAGAGAUUGGCUUUGAGAUGGGUUAAUGAGAACAUUGCCAGUUUCGGCGGCGCACCGAACAAGGUCACCAUCUUUGGCGAAAGCUCUGGCGCCGAGAGUGUCUCCGCGCAGGUUCUGGCUUAUAACGGACGUGACGAUGGUCUAUUCAGGGGCGCCAUUGCGCAAUCUGGCUUUGGUGGUGUCAUCCCUCGAUGGUCCGGAGGCUUCAACAACACGGAGGCGUAUCAGACCAUUUACGAUACAUUGGUCUCAAAAAUACCGUCCUGCUCCUCCAAUGUCGGCACCCAAGAGUCACUAGAAUGCCUCCGGACCGCUCCCCUUGAAGAGUUCAAUGCGGUCCUGAACGCUAGCGAUGCACAGGCCUUUCGUUUCCCCCCAGUACUCGACGGUGACUUUAUUGCCGACUACGCAACUAACCAGAUCAACCGAGGCGACUUUGUCAAGGUGCCCAUACUCAUCGGCUCCAACACUGACGAGGGCUCCGCGUUUGGCCAGGGCCGCGGGCCAAACAGCGGGCCAGUCAACACUGACGACGACUUCCGUUACGCUGUCCGCAACAUUAUCCCCAAGAACGCGCAAGAGACAACGGGCCAGCCGGUCGAUGAUCUGGUCGAGGAGGCCUUGAAGCUCUACCCGGACGACCAGGCACAGGGGAUCCCUAGCCUAGAGACUUGGCCGCAUAUCAUCCAACCAGGUGAGGACAUUGCGGUAGCACGGGGCUUGCAGCAGCGGCGCACCGGGGCCUUCUUUGGGGACUGGACUUUCCAAUUCCUUCGGCGGAGGGCUAAUGUCGCCUGGGCAAACCACGGCGUGCCCUCUUACGCCUAUCGCUUCGACGUCACCGUGAACGGAGUAGCACCAUACAUUGGCGCAACUCACUUCCAAGAGGUUGCAUUUGUGUUUUACAACCUCAACGGUAACGGCUACGUCGCGAACCCCUUCGGUGGUAACGACACCGCUUACACGGAAAAGGCUCACACCCUUGCCAAGACCGUUUCCUCGGCUUGGAUCAACUUUUUCGUCGGGCUUGAUCCCAACGGCGCCCCUGGUCUGGGUCCAUGGCCUGUGUAUGGAACGCAGGGCGGCGCCGGCGUUGGCAGCGAUGUCGUCUUUGGCAUCAACGGCACCAAGACCGAGACGGACGACUGGCGGAAGGAAGGCAUGGAGUGGUUCACCAAGCACGCAUUGGACGUCCACGGAAGUUAG